GCACAGCUGUUUUUGUGCUAUCGGGCGGAGCAGUCGAUAUCAGGAGGCGUUAUAUUUUCGAUAUUGGUGAUUAAUAUUCGGCCGCAAGAUGUUGGUUAAAUUCGCUGUCACCGUGGCCCUAAUCCUCGCCAGCUGUCGUGCGCAGGCGGAGGACACCUCGGUGCUGCCGGAGGGCUUCGUGGACGCCGCCCAGCGGUCGACGCACACGAACAACUGGGCGGUGCUGGUGGACGCCUCGCGAUUCUGGUUCAACUACCGGCAUGUGGCCAAUGUGCUGUCCAUCUACCGCUCGGUGAAGCGCCUGGGCAUCCCCGACUCGCAGAUCAUCCUGAUGAUAGCCGACGACAUGGCCUGCAAUGCGCGAAACCCGCGUCCCGGCCAGGUCUACAACAAUGCCAACCAGCACAUCAAUGUCUAUGGCGACGACGUGGAGGUGGACUACCGGGGCUACGAGGUGACCGUGGAGAACUUCGUGCGCCUGCUGACCGGCCGCACCCAGAACGGCACGGCGCGGUCCAAGAAGCUGCUGUCGGACGCGGGCAGCAAUGUGCUCAUCUACCUCACCGGACACGGCGGCGAUGGGUUCUUGAAGUUCCAGGACUCGGAGGAGAUCACCAGCCAGGAGCUGGCCGACGGCAUCCAGCAGAUGUGGGAGAAGAAGCGCUACAAUGAGCUCUUCUUCAUGGUGGACACUUGCCAAGCGGCCUCGCUGUACGAGAAAUUCACCUCGCCGAAUGUCCUGGCGGUGGCCAGUAGCCUGGUGGGCGAGGAUUCCCUAUCGCACCAUGUGGAUCCCUCGAUUGGCGUCUACAUGAUCGAUCGCUACACAUACUACGCCUUGGAGUUCCUGGAGAAGGUGCAGCCGUUCAGCAAACGGACCAUAGGGGAAUUCCUGCAAGUUUGCCCCAAGCGGGUGUGCAUUUCGACGGUGGGAGUGCGCAAGGAUCUGUACCGCCGAGAUCCGCACAAGGUGCCCAUCACCGACUUCUUCGGGGCCAUACGACCCACCCGCGUCUCCACCGAUCGCAUCAACGUGACCCUGGCCAACGAGGACGAUUUCAUUGGCGACAAGGACGAGAUGGUGGCCAAGAAGCCCUUCAAAAUCGUGAUGGAGUCACAGUUUCCGUCCGAGCUUUUCAAAUAGACUGGCCGACUAUUUAUAUAUAGAUGUAUAUGAUUCAUGUGAUAAUAUUAAUUUUAUUCGUAAAUACAUCAUUUCAUUAUUAA